AUGGCCAAUCACCAAAAUUCUGCCAAUGGUUGGUCCAAACCAAGUGAUCAAAGAACAACCGGAAAGGUCAUCACUUGCAAAGCUGCUGUUGUAUGGGGUCCAGGGCAACCUUUUGUGAUGGAACAAGUUCAAGUCGACCCACCUCAGAAAUUGGAGGUUCGAAUCAAGAUCCUCUUCACCUCAGUCUGUCAUACUGAUCUUAGUGCUUGGCAAGGAGAGAAUGAAGCUCAACGAGCCUUUCCUCGAAUUCUAGGCCAUGAAGCUUCUGGAAUUGUUGAGAGUGUGGGUGAAGGUGUCGAGGACAUGAAAGAAGGGGACCAUGUGAUUCCAAUCUUCAAUGGAGAGUGUGGAGACUGCAAAUGUUGCAAGUCUGAGAAAACCAAUAUUUGCCACAACUUUGGGGUGAACCCAUUUAAGAAGGUGAUGAACAACGAUGGGAAAAGUAGGUUUUCAACCAAAGAUGGAAAACCCAUUUACCAUUUUCUCAACACAUCAACUUUCAGUGAGUACACAGUCCUUGAAUCCGCUUGCGUGGUCAAGAUUGAUCCUGAGGCUCCCCUCAAGAAGAUGACCUUGCUCAGUUGUGGUGUUUCAACUGGAGUUGGUGCUGCAUGGAACACUGCCAAUGUGCAAGCUGCCUCGACAGUCGCCAUCUUCGGCUUAGGUUCCGUGGGACUUGCUGUUGCUGAAGGAGCAAGAGCCAGAGGAGCAUCUAGAAUAAUAGGCGUUGACAUUAACCCCAAUAAAUUCAUCAAGGGUCAAGCAAUGGGAGUGACAGAUUUCAUAAAUCCAAGCGAACCCGGAAAGCCCUUGCAUGAGAGGAUCAGAGAAAUAACAGAUGGUGGAGUGGACUAUAGCUUUGAGUGUAUAGGGAACUUGGAUGUUCUGAGAGAGGCCUUUCUGUCCACACAUGAGGGGUGGGGGUUUACUGUGGUUUUGGGAAUUCAUCCAACCCCAAAAAUGCUCCUUCUCCAUCCAAUGGAGUUGGUUCAUGGUCGAGGAAUUAUUGGAUCUGUGUUUGGAGGCUUCAAAGGGAAGUCCCAACUCCCUCAUUUUGCACAAGAAUGCAUGAAUGGGGUUGUGGAUUUGGAUAAGUUCAUAACCCACGAGCUUCCCUUUGAGAAGAUAAACGAUGCAUUUCAGUUGCUCAUUGAAGGCAAGUCGCUGAGAUGCGUUUUACAGCUCUGA